UAUCUGCAGCAGAGAAAAGCAGGAUGUCAGGACUUCUCUGAUGUCUUCCUCGGGUUUCCCUCCCAGCGGGCUCACGCCAUCCGCCUGUUCCUGGCCUACACAGACUCACACUAUGAGGGAAAGAAGUACACAAUGGGGGAUGCUCCAGACUAUGACAGAAGCCAGUGGCUAGAUGAAAAAUUCAAGCUGGGCCUGGACUUUCCCAAUCUGCCCUACUUAAUUGAUGGGGCUCACAAUAUCAUCCUUUGCUACAUUGCCCGCAAACACAACCUGUGUGGGGAGACAGAAGAGGAGAUGAUACAUGUGGAUAUUUUGGAGAACCAAGCUAUGGAUGCCUCUAAUCAGCUCACCAGGGUCUGCUACAGCCCUGACUUUGAGAGACUGAAGCCUGUGUAUCUGGAGUCCAUCCCAGGCGAGAUGAAGCUGUACUCACAGUUUCUGGGGAAGAGGCCUUGGUUUGCAGGGGAGAAGAUCACCUGUUUGGAUUUCCUGGCUUAUGACAUCCUUGACCUGCACUGCAUAUUUGAGCCCAAGUCUCUGGACGCAUUCCCCAACCUGAAAGAGUCCGUGGCCCGCUUUGAGGGCCUGAAGAAGAUCUCUGCCUACAUGAAGUCCAGCCGCUUCCUCCCAGGCCCUCUGUUUCUAAAGAUCGCCUUUUGGAGCAACAAGUAGGCCUACGCGGGAGGCGAUGGGAGGGAAGAGCCAGAGCUGUGGCUGCCCUGUCUCCCCAAACAGCUUUCUCGCUUCCUUGUCCUUUGUUACAUUCCUCUGUCCCCAUGAAAUACCUUAUUGGCGCCCCCCCUUUUCCCGCUCCCUGUUCCGUUUUCAUCUAGGCCCUUUGACACCGGCUCUCCACUUUGGCAUAUUCCCUUCCCCACCAAUGUCAGCCCUUGUGCUAGAGCCAGCCAGACCAUUCUUCCCUCCGUGGUUGCUCUACUUUCAGGAGCCUGACUGGCUCCUGGUCUGUAGUGCUCAGCCCCGAGCUCCCCGGCACUGCCCUGACGCCCAGUAUGGCCUGAAGUGUACUCCUGGUUCCCCCAGGGUGUCCCUGCCCAGCCCAGCCUGAUCCCCAGUAAAGCCUUACUCAGCCCUGACACAUCUUGUCUUCUUCACUCCUGGCCGUUUGAUUCAGGCCCCACUGUGUUUUGUGAUAUGCGAGUCCCAUUUUCUGUUGUGCGUUGGGCCGGCUUGGUUAACGGGGAUGUGUGUGUGGUGCCCAGAAAGGGGGCAUGUAGGGUCCUAAGGAUUCUUGUUCAUUUGUAUCUCUAUUUCAUAUACUUCUGUGCCUCUGCGUGGGGUCUCUACAAAGAGAGAGAGGCUCUUCUGUGUCUGGGUUCCUAUUUCAUUCAGCAUUCAUGGAAUGCCUCUUGGGAGCUUGCAGUAAGUACUCUGUGUUGUGGUUCAGGGGCUCUUGGGGGUUGGGCAGUCCACUGAUAGUCUGGGAUCCUGGCUGACUACAUUCUGUCACCCUUUCCUGGGUGUUUUCCCUGCUUUAGAUACCCUUCCUCUGUGUUUUUAACAACUGUGAAAGGUGAAAUGAAAUGUAAUCACUUAUGUUAAGGGGUUUGGGGGCACCUGGGUGGCUCAGUAGGUUAAGUGUCCGACUUUGACUCAGGUCAUGAUCUCGCGGUUCCUGAGUUUGAGCCCUGCGUCGGGCUCUGUGCUGACAGCUCAGAGCCUGGAGCCUGCUUCAGAUUCUGUGUCUCUCCCUCUCUCUGCCCCUCCCAUGCUCAUGCUCAUGCUCUCUCUCUCUCUCUCUCUCUCUCUCUCACAAUAAUAAAUACACAUUAAAAAAAUUGUUUUUAAAGGGGGGGGGUGUUUAAAAUACAGUGAGGAGGCUAUUAAGGAGAUAGACCUUAGGCACAUCCUCAUUAAUGAAACCAUAAACUUUGAACUGGGCCAAAUUGCAAAGAUUCCAGACUCUGCCCAAAUGCCUGCAACUUUCUUCAGUUAGAGACUUUGCUCAGUAAUAGACUUAGCAACCAACUAUAUUCAGCCAACGUUAGUUUUCUGCCACCAACACCAAUCACAAUUCUUUGUAAACAAAUAUAAACGUCUUUUGAAACCUUUGACUUUUGUUCUGUAAGGGAACUUGGGUUGCUGCCCAAGUCUGUGCUCCCUGAAUUACAGUUCUGAGACCCUGAGUACAUGCUUUUGUUUUAUUUCAUCUUUGCCUCUUGGUCCACAUGACAUCUCUCAAUAGAACAAGAAAGGAUAAGAGUAAAAAGGAAAGAAGUAACAGAAAUUAGGAGUGACACUAAGUUAAAAGAUCAGUAGAGAGAAUAAAAAUACUAAAUCUGAGUAAAAUAGAUGUAGCUCUAGGACAGGAGUUGGCAAAUGUUUUCUGUAAAGGGCUAGAUGGUACAUAUUUUGGGCUUUGGGUGCCAUAUGGUCUCUGUCACAGUUACCUUGUCAUUGUAGCAUGUUAGUUUGCAAGCUCCUCGGGAUCUUCCCAGGUAUAAUCUGAGACUGGUCCCUGUACUAGGAGGGCAGGGAGAGACAGAAGAAACAGGCGGGUCACUCCAGGUUGGUAGGUGGCAGGUUUCAUGAGCACGGGAUCUUACAUAUGAGGCUUGUCUCAGGUGGCCGCAAGGUGGGUAGAUCUCCACACCCACCUGCCAAAUCUUAAAAAUUUAUAUAGAGACCUUAACUGGGUUCAGUCCUGUGUACCGUCCAGAUGGUCACAACAUCAAAUCACUAUCUCAAGGCUAUGUCAUUGACAAUGGUAAAUAACCUUACCUUAACAACAGCUAGCCCCUCAAGGCCCUGGAAACCUUGCUUCCAAAUUCCUUAGAGACUUAUGCUAUCCCUGACCCCCUUCCAACCUGAAGGUAUAUAAUCUGUCAUCCGUCACAACCCCAAUGCACCUUUUUCUGCCCACGGGUCCUGUCCCCGUGCUUCAAUAAAACCCCCUUUUUGUACCAAA